AUGGAAGUUUCGAAACUUGGAGGGUCAAAUUCCGAUGAUAUUCAAGCGAAAUUGGAUAAGAAACUGGGGCCCGAAUACAUAUCAAAAAGGGUAGGAUUUGGAGCAAGUCGGGUGGCUUAUAUCGAGGGAUGGAAGGCAAUCAACCUGGCAAAUCAGAUAUUUGGGUACAAUGGAUGGAGUACCGAGGUCAAAACUAUCACAAUCGACUUUAUGGACGAGAGACAGGGCAAGUUCUGCAUUGGAUGUACGGCCAUCGUCCGGGUGACGCUCACAGACGGGACCUUCAGAGAGGACAUAGGAUAUGGAACGGUAGAAAAUGAGCGUCGAAAAUCUUCGGCGUUCGAAAGAGCCAAAAAAUCGGCCGUCACAGACGCUUUAAAACGUAGUCUGCGAGCGUUUGGCAACGCGUUGGGAAAUUGCCUUUAUGACAAGAGUUUUUUGGCCAAGAUCGACACCGUGAAGUUCGAUCCGCCAGAUUUCGACGAAGGAAACCUUUACAGGGCCGCCGAUGAAGCCAAUGAGCUAGCCCGGAAUCACACGGUCGAGCACGAGGGUGUUGGACCGCCUUCCAAAAAGCGCAAUGUGGCUGAUACAAGACCGAAUUCCUCGAACGCAGGUCUUGCCUGGAAACCUGAAGUGAAGCUACCGCAGCAGCAGCAGCAGCAGCAAUUACCGGACCAACCUGCACAAGCUGAUCAAGACCCCGACGAAUUGCUGGACGAUUCGUUCAUGUUUAGCGAUGAGAUUCAAGAUGACGAGGUCGCCGCCCCGGCCAACAACAGCAACAACACCACGGUAUCUGGGACCAACAGUGGACCCUCUAACUCGUCACAUGCGAGGACGCUUUCCGGCGGUAAUACUGCUCCUGUGGCCUUCGUCACAGCCAAAGCGGCUCCAAACGUGCAAAACCAAGUAACGGUGCCCGCUGGGGGCAUGUUUGAUCCCAAAUUUCGCGCUCAAUCGAUAAAACACACUGUCGAUCAAACAACAUCGUCGCAUAUCAAAACCGCUGUCCUGAAGGACAAAGGUAUACCCUACCAUCGCAGCGAUAUAUACAACCGUUUUGCCCCGAAGGGAAAAGUUCUCAGUGACGGGGACGCCACUAUUACAAAAAAUUCGACCGCAACGAAUGACGUCAAGUCGAUCCAAAAUAAUCACAGUGUACAAACAGCACCGUCUACCGGAGACCAGACCUCCAAUGCAAAUAACCGCCAGUAUCCAUCGGCGAAUAGUGUGCGACAGCUACCACCUAUUUUGACGACGCCUCUACCUCCUCAGCCACAACAUCCUAAUAUCCAACCAGUAGGAAAACCAAAGUUUCCUCCGCCAAAUACAACAAACUAG